UCUCAACCACUGGACAACCAUGUGGAGUGAGCGAAGAUUUUCUUGUCGAUCUUUGAACGUUAGUCAGGCAUCCCAAGCUUGAAUGACCAAGGGUCCCGCUUGGCAUGCCUACUAUAGACGCAAAAACAGCCCGAAUCCGAGCCACGAUAAUGAAUCUGAAGGCGAUACUGCGGGCGCCCUGUUAAUCAUUGUAAACAUGCUGGCUUUAGCUCUCCCGAGUUCCCCUUAGCAUACCUCUGUGCUCUAGUAAUGGCUGAUCCCCAUAUUCUCGUCUAGCAACCCAUCAGACUAUGCCUACUGUAGACACGAAGACAGCCCGAAUUCUGAGGCUCGACAUGGAAUCAGAAGACGGCACUGCAGGUGCCCUGUCAAUCAUCGUGAACAUGCCGGCUGUAGCUCUCCCGAGUCCCCCUUGGCAUACCUCAGUGCUCCGGUAUAAUAACUAA